UAAUGCUCUUCACAACUCUAUUAAACCUAAAUGUUGUUUGUCUUUUUAGCUGCAUUCAAGGCCAAAUACAAACAACAGAAAAAGCUCGGCGAUGGAGGGUGUGGUGCUGUGUUUGCUGGCUAUCGCAAAGCAGAUAAUUUGCCUGUUGCCAUCAAACACGUCCCAAGCGAGACUCAGUUCAUCAAACACGUGGACGAGCAUGGGAAUACGUUCUCCGUGGAGGUGGCCGUCAUGUUGAAACUGGCGGCCGAUACAAGUGGCUCAGCGGGCUCCUCGGCACCUGUGUCCCUACUGGACUGGUAUGAUCUGGAACAGGAGCUGAUCCUGGUGCUGGAGAGACCAGUCUCCUGCGUGGACUUGGCCACGUACAUCUGCUCAAAGGGAGGCUCCUUAGAAGAGGAAGAGGCCAAGAUCAUCCUGAAACAGCUGGUUGAUGCAGCAAUUGAGCUUCAGGAUAAGGGCAUCUUUCACCGGGACAUCAAGGUGCAAAAUAUCUUGAUCGAGACCGGCUCUGACCUCCCGCGAGUUCGCCUCAUUGACUUUGGACUGAGCUGCUUCGUGAAGAGAUGCUCCACUUACCAGCAAUUCUACGGUACCUUUAAUCACAUCCCUCCAGAGUUGUACAAUAGUGACCGCUACAGGGCCGGCCCCACCACAGCGUGGCAGAUGGGAGUGGUCCUGUAUGAAACGCUCCACCGAUACAGAGUUUUUGAGACCCUCUCGUUCUUCAAAAACAGUCUGAGAUUCAGCCAGAGGCUGUCCAAAAAUUGCAAGGAUUUCUUGCAAAGCUGUCUGACUGAAGACCCCAAACAGCGCCUGACCCCGGAGCAGCUCAAGCAUCACCCAUGGCUCAGAUAAACCAACCCGGAACACACACGUCCUCGCCAUACAAUACUGAAGUCAUCCAAGUACUAAUGCUGCAUUAUAUUUGACAGCAAGAACGUGU